AUGCUUAAGCGAACAAAAACUAGGACAUGGCUAGGAGCAUUCGUGCCAGAGUCGUCGGCAUGCCUUUCCUUCUUGUUGAUGUUCUGCUCGAUAGCGCAGUCAACUACGGGCGGAUAUGACGGCUCCAUGUUGAACGGAUUGAAUAUUCUGCCCUCGUAUACGGAUUACUUCCAACUAAUUCCGGCGACAACGGGUCUAAAUACGGCUUCUGUAUUCAUUGGCGGCAUUCUCGGCACGCUCGUCUCCGGCAUCAUGGCUGAUAGACUCGGCCGACGUCCAGCCAUGUUUUGGGGGUCCGUCAUCACUCUGAUCGGUACAGCCAUUCAGGCGGCAGCCCAGAACAUUGCCAUGUUCGUCGUCGGACGGAUUAUUCUGGGCUUUGGAAGUUCCAUUUCGGGCGUGUCUUCCGGUGUGUUCCUAUCUGAGACUUUUCCCAGCAGCUUACGUGCCUGGGGGCUCGGGAUGAUGAACGAUUUCUAUUACGUAGGAGCAUUGAUAGCGUCUGGGGUUACUUUAGGGACUGGGCAGUGGCAAUCAACAUGGGCGUGGCGGCUUCCAUCGUUGAUACAGGGUAUUUUUUCGCUUUUUUGCAUUAUCAUACUACCUUUCGUUCCUGAAUCACCGAGGUGGCUUUGCCAUCAAGGAUAUUUUGAGGACGCGCGGAUUUCCGUAGCGCAAACAAACUCCAAUGGUAAUCUGCUAGACCCCGUUGCUAUCGCAGUGUAUAAGGAGAUUCUCGACGCCCUCGAGUGGGAGAAGAAAGAAGGCCGGUCAAUGAGUCCAAAGGAGAUUAUCAAAACCCCUGUCACGAGGAAGCGAUUCCUCAUCGGAAUGUCCGCAGGCCCCUUUUCAUGUGUCGCUGGCAACAUUAUCGCCUCGUACUAUUUAGGUGCUGAGCUUGAGACCGCCGGAAUUACCGAUUCAACAGACCAAUUGAAGGCUAAUGUCGUAUUAAAUGUUUGGUGCCUUCUGUGUGCCUUGGUCGGUACGCACAUGGUGUCUCAGUGGGGCCGAAAGCCCACGGCUCUCAUUUCGGAAGCACUCCUCGUUAUAUGCCUCUUUAUAAUCGGAGGGCUUUCCAAGAUGUAUGCUGAUAAUCCCGCAAGCGCUUCUCAAAGCCUCAUAUAUGGAAACGUUGCGGUGAUGUUCCUAUUCCAGGGAUUUUACUCUGUGGCUUGGACACCAUUGCUUUACCUCUAUCCCCCAGAAGUCUUUUCGGGUGUAAAGGUGUACUUGAAUACUGAUAAUAUUCUUAGAUGUGUCUUCGUAUUCAUUAUGCCCAUCGGCCUGAACAAUAUCGGAUGGAAGAUGUAUAUGAUUAACGGUUCUUGGGAUAUUGUUAUCGCUAUACUUAUUGCGGUAUUCUGGGUCGAAACGAAGGGCAAGACACUGGAAGAAAUAGACGCCCUGUUUGAGGGCGAAAAGCAUUCUUCCGUCCCUGACGUUGAGAUGAUUCGGACUGGACAAGCCAAGCUCGACGCUGACACGAUGGAGCUGCCGAGUCUGUAUUAG